AUGAUUCAGGUGAACGACAUUGCAAGUGCUAACAGCCCUGCAAAUGGUAGCUCUGAGAAAGAUGCAGCGUUGGCUUUGGUCAGCGAUGUGGCGCAGGAGAUCGACCCUCUUGUAGAAAGAAGGGUGCUGCGAAAAAUUGAUAUGUUUUUCAUGCCUGCUAUGUUGAUAGGUUAUGGCAUGGUAUACUAUGACAAGGCCAUUUUAGGCAGUAGCUCACUCUUCGGCAUGACAACUGACUUGGUGUUGGAAGUAGUCGACCAUUCCACUUCUCCUCCGUCGACUGACACUUCACGGCUCAGCUGGGCAACGUCCAUCUUCUACUUUGGAAUGCUGGCUGGUCUCUAUCCAAUGACCUUCGUAUUCCAGAGGUUCAGCACUCGUUAUGUCCUAGGGCCUGUAGUCCUCCUCUGGGCCAUUGUCUGUGCGGCCACGGCCGGCGUGACAUCAUGGCGCGGAUUGUUUGUGCAGCGCUUCUUUCUUGGAUUCAUCGAAAGCGUUAUCCCAACUGGGUUCAUGACCAUCGUCAGUGGCUACUACACGCAGGAAGAGCAGGCUCUCCGACAGGCAUGGUGGUUCUCCGGCACCGGCUGGUUCACGAUCAUCGGUGGAGCACUCAACUACGGCUUCGGACAAAUUACUUCGGGCUCUUUGACAAGAUGGCAGUAUAUUUACAUUCUUGCGGGUGCUUUGACAUUUCUGUUUGGUCUUUGGUGCUGCAUGAUGCCUAACUCCCCAGUAUCCGCUUGGUUCUUGACUCCGGAAGAACGAAUGGUGGCAGUGGAGCGACUGCGGAAAGGCCAGACCGGUGUCCGAUGCCAAACGAUCAAGCUCGACCAAAUCAAAGAAUCCCUGUUGGACUUUAAGAUCUACCUGGUAGCCAUCAUGAUGGCGGCGGCGUAUACCAUUAACGGUGCCAUCUCUGGCUUUGGCCCUUUGAUUGUUUCUACCUUUGGCUACAACACACUUGAUUCUAUCCUAUUCCAAUUCCCCGUCGGAGGCGUUUGUGUCAUCUUCAUUCCGCUGUGUGGAUACAUCCCCACUCGCAUCCCCAAUACUCGGAUCCCAAUGCUUAUUGCCUGCUGCCUUCCUGUGAUAGCUGGCUGUGCGAUGAUCUGGAAGUCGGAGUGGGGAUAUCACCCAGCUACGCCGGUCGCGGGCUAUGCGCUCACUGGCUUCUUUGGCCCGGUGGUCAGCCUUAUCAUUACCAUUGGCGCCAGCAAUGUGGCUGGUGCCACCAAGAAAACUGUCAUGGCAGCCACAGUCUUCGUAGCUUAUUCCGUGGGAAACAUUAUCGGACCGCAGUUGGUCAACAGCGGGACCAAAGAUCAGCAUUACCCAGAGCUGUGGAAGGGCUUGAUUAUCUGCUAUUGUAUCGCCAUUGCCGCUGCCACCGUGCUUUAUGUGGUGCUGUGGAGGGAAAACCGAGCUCGGGACAUGUUGGACCUGGACGAUGUGCAGCGAGACAAGAUAGCCUUUGACGACCUAACUGACAAGCAGAACCCCUUCUUUCGAUACGCGUUAUAA